AUGUUGGGCUUAUGGGCUCAGAGUAGGACCGGGAAUGUGAAUCGAUCAUUCUGUAGGACUGAGCUCCUAGCCGAGACUGGGGGUCACAGCGGAGUGAAUCAGCUCGGCGGUGUGUUUGUCAACGGUAGACCACUGCCAGAUUCAACCAGACAGAAAAUAGUGGAACUAGCGCAUAGUGGGGCUCGUCCGUGCGAUAUCUCCAGAAUCCUGCAGACCCAUGCAGAUGCAAAAGUCCAAGUGCUGGACAAUCAAAACGUGUCGAAUGGAUGUGUGAGUAAAAUUUUGGGCAGGUAUUACGAAACUGGCUCCAUCAGACCCAGGGCAAUCGGAGGUAGUAAACCAAGAGUAGCGACUCCAGAAGUUGUAAGCAAAAUAGCGCAGUAUAAACGAGAGUGCCCCUCCAUCUUUGCGUGGGAGAUUCGAGACAGAUUACUAUCAGAGGGGGUCUGUACCAACGAUAAUAUACCCAGUGUAUCAUCAAUAAACAGAGUUCUACGCAACCUGGCUAGCGAAAAGCAACAGAUGGGUGCAGAUGGGAUGUAUGACAAGCUAAGAAUGCUGAAUGGGCAGACAGGGACAUGGGGCACGCGACCCGGAUGGUACCCCGGUACGUCAGUGCCAGGACAGCCUACGCAAGAUGGCUGUCCACAACAGGAAGGAGGAGGUGAAAACACAAACUCCAUCAGCUCUAAUGGAGAAGAUUCAGAUGAGGCCCAGAUGAGACUUCAGCUGAAAAGAAAGCUGCAGAGAAAUAGGACAUCCUUUACCCAAGAGCAAAUUGAAGCCCUUGAGAAAGAAUUUGAGAGAACCCAUUAUCCUGAUGUGUUUGCCAGGGAGAGACUAGCUGCCAAAAUAGACCUACCUGAAGCAAGAAUACAGGUGUGGUUUUCCAACAGGAGGGCAAAAUGGAGAAGGGAAGAAAAACUGAGGAAUCAGAGAAGACAAGCCAGCAACACACCCAGCCAUAUUCCCAUCAGCAGUAGUUUCAGCACAAGUGUCUACCAACCAAUCCCGCAACCUACCACACCUGUUUCCUCUUUCACAUCAGGUUCAAUGUUGGGCAGAACAGACACUGCGCUAACAAACACAUACAGUGCUCUGCCACCCAUGCCUAGCUUCACAAUGGCUAACAACCUGCCUAUGCAACCCCCAGUACCCAGCCAGACCUCCUCCUACUCUUGCAUGCUGCCCACUAGUCCGUCAGUGAAUGGGCGGAGCUAUGAUACGUACACACCGCCUCACAUGCAGACACACAUGAACAGCCAGCCAAUGGGCACCUCUGGAACCACUUCAACAGGUCUUAUUUCACCUGGCGUGUCAGUUCCAGUUCAAGUUCCUGGCAGUGAACCUGAUAUGUCUCAAUACUGGCCAAGAUUACAGUAA